CACCACGAUGCCCCAUGCCAGCCUUGGCAACGGGCCCGACCCGCGGGCUUCAGCCGGGAAGGCGCUGUACUUGGAGCGACUAGCCCGGUAUCAAACAACAAACAACCGGGCCAACAAGAGUAGCUUACUGUAAUGCGAUACUCGUUCUCACCUGCUGAAUGUACAGUAAAACCAGGAAUUAAGCUCUGCUAGGCGAAACCCCGUGGACUAUAGACAGCUGUUUGGACAUCUGGAAUCACCAAGUCAGUGAGUGGAAUGAUCUCGAUCACUGUUUGAUUAAAACUCGCCCUUUGGCCAGGCAAAGGAGAGGUAGGAAACAGUGAGAAUGAAUAAAGCCGCUGGAGUGCAGAGCAUCCGAGAAGCGCUCACGGGGCACAAUGAAGACGAGGACGAGGAUGGAAGGGUGACAGACGACGAGGAGCCCAGAGCCUGUGGUGUGUGCGGAGAUCUGGCCAAGGGUUACCACUUCAAUGCUUUGACAUGCGAAGGCUGCAAGGGCUUCUUCAGACGUGCCAUAAAGAGGUCAACGCAGCUCCACUGUAUGUUCCUGAAUAAAUGCAAAAUAACCAAAAACAACCGACGGUCGUGUCAAGCCUGCCGCUUCCGUAAAUGCCAGGCCAUAGGCAUGCGCCAAGAAAUGGUCAUGUCUGAGAAGGAGGUAUUGGAGAGGAGGAUCCGAAUCCAGACGAGGAAAAGGCUUGACGCACCAAUACAGCUUUCAUCCCAACAAGAGGAAACCAUUCAGGAGCUACUCUGUGGCCACCGCAACUCAUUUGACUCAGCAUUUUACCGCUUCAGUGACUUUAGGCCUAUAGACAGAAACGUCCUUCCUGCGAGUGAGUACAACCAAUCUGAAAGGGACCUCUCCUCCCUCUCACCCUCCUCCAUUCUCUCUGGCUCCUUUAAACAACAGGAGAACCAACAGGACGGAGAGGUCAGGAAAGGCAGUGUUUUCACUGCUCUUCCACACGUGGCUGACCUCACCACUUACAUGAUUCAGAACAUUAUUAGUUUCUCCAAAAGUCUUCAGGACUUCCGAUCUCUAAGCAUGGAGGACCAAAUUGCUCUGUUGAAGGGAGCCACAUUUGAAAUGAUGCAGACCCGCUUUAACAUGGUGUUCAAUGCAAAAACAGGCAUCUGGGAAUGCGGCCAUAUUACAUACUGCAUAGAUGACGCCGUACGAGCGGGUUUCCAGCCGCUCCUGCUGGAACCUCUGCUCAAAUUUCACCACACACUGCGCAAGCUGGGCCUGCAGGAGGAAGAGUAUGUUCUCAUGCAAGCCAUGUCCCUGUUUUCUCCAGACCGUCCAGGUGUGCAGCAACACAGUGUGAUUGACAAGCUUCAUGAAAACUUGGCACUGACCCUAAAAACCUGGAUUGACUGUAAGAGGACAGGACCAGAAAAACGCUUGUUGUACCCCAAAGUGAUGGCCUGUCUCACCGAGAUGAGAACGAUGGCUGAGGAGUACAGCAAACAGGUUCUGCAGAUCCAGGACGUCCAGCCAGAUGUUAUCUCGCCUCUCAUAAUGGAGAUGGUCAGUAAAAGCCCCUGUAAUGAUGACUUCUAAAACUAACAUCUACUGUACAUGGACGGGACCCGCUGAAUGAGCUCUUUGAUUUAAAGCAAAGUAUUCAGUGUUUGCUGUUGUACAAAUGUGUCGAAAUACUAAAAAAUGCAUUUCCGUCAUGUGAUAGUCUAAAGCAGAGUCCACUAGGGGGUCCUCAGAGUUGGGGGGCACCAAAUUAUUGUUUGAUAAAAAAAAAUAAUA